AUGGGCCCCCAGAUUUGUCAGAAUCAUUCCACUGAGGUGGAGGCCGCCGUCAACCGCAGAGUCAACCUGCAUGAUGAGGCUGUGGAGGGCGCUGAGCCUCUUUUGAAGACGCAAAGCCGGGACAGUGGCUGUGCCCUCUUCCAGGACGUGCAAAAGCCGUCCCAAGAUGAAUGGGGUAAAACCCUGGACACUAAGGAAGCUGCCACGGCCCUGGAGAAGCACCUGAGUCAGGCCUUUGAGGACCCGGAUGCCCUGUAUUCUGGCCGUGCAGACGCCCCACCCCCUGACUUCCGGGAGAGCCGCUUCCUGGAGGAGCAGCUGAAACUCAUCAAGAAGAUAGCGACCACCUGA